AUGGAACAACCUAGAGGACCACGGGGGCGAGGGAGAGGAGGAGACAGACCACGCGGAAGAGAAGAAGACUUCACCCGGCCCCACCACCAGCACCAUCACCACCCCGGUAGUGGCGAAGGCGAAGACCGCCACCACCACCGCGGCGGAGCACCCAGGCCCCACGGCCACGGCGGCCCCGAAGACCACAGCCCUGGCCGCGGCGCUCGCGGCCACGAAGGCGGCCACCACCACCACCAGUCCGACCGCCACGAAGGCCACCACGGCGGUGGCGGACGCGGCCAUCACCACCACGAGCGCGGUGGCGAGCGCCACGAAGGCCACCGCGGCGGCCACCACCAGGCCGAACGCCACCACGAGCGCGGCGGCGAGCGCUACGAAGGCCACCACGGCGGUGGCGGACGCGGCCAUCACCACAACGACGAGCGCGGCGGCGGCGAGCGCGGCGCGCAAGGCUUUCGAGGCCGUGGCGGGUUCGAUCGCGCCGCCAGCCCGGUCGAUCGCGAGCGCGGCCAUCGGGUGGACCACCACCACCGUCACGAGCGCGGCGGCCAUGGCUACGGCGACGCGCAGGAGCGGACGACGGUGCUGGUGCUGGGCGCGGGCUUCAUGGGUUCGGCGAUCGCGGGCGAGCUGGCGCGGCGCGGGUGCGUGGUGUACCUGUACGACCGCGACCCGCUGCUGGCGCACAACGUCCACCUGGCCGCGCGCAAGGGCUACCUCGAAACCGGCCGCGAAGGCGGCCUCGUUUCCCUCUUCGCCAAGAAAGAAGAUGAGCCGCUCAUGUCGCAAGCAGACCUCGCGCAUUCGAUCAGCCGCAUCCAUCCCUGCGAGCAUGCCGAACUGGACACCUUCCUCGAUGCACUUCCGCCCAUCCAAUUCGUAUUCGAGGCCAUCGUCGAGGACCUCAGGGUGAAGCAGGGCGUGAUGCAGCAGCUCGACCGCCACUUCGCCGCCCAGCCCGACGUCGUGUUCUGCAGCAACACGAUCAACUUCAACAUCGACGCCCUGUCGGCCACGAUGGCGCACCACCGCGAGCGGGUCGUGGGCGUGCGCUUCCUGGCGCCCGUCUACUACAUCCCGCGCAUCGAGGUCUCGCCGGGGCGCGACUUCACCGGCACGCGCGCGUUCCUCAGCGUGUGGCACGCGCUCGUGCGACUGGGCUUCGCGCCGUUCCUGUUCCACUUCGCGCCGGGCGCGCCGCGGGUGAAGCUCGGCUCGGAAGACGUCGACCGCCUCCUCAGCAGUUACAAGGUUGCGUUCGAGAACGCGCCGAAAGGACUCGAGAAACAGGAGUGUCGCUACGCGGCCCGCUGUGCGUUCGUCAACGACAGGCUGCACCGCAAGCUCUUCACGCACAGCGAGAAGCCCCUGAUCCCAUGCAGGUUUGGUGGCCUGUGCUCCAUGGUGGACGACGAGCACCGCCAGCGGACCGAGCACCCGCAGCCCUGCAGCUACGGCACCUGCACCAAACUCCACGACUACUCGCACCGCGCACUCUACUCUCAUCCGCCAGUCGCUUGUCGAUACGGCGCCCGCUGCCGCGACAUCUUCGACGCCGAACACAAGCUGCUGUUCCAGCACCCCACCCGCGUGCCCCACUCGGCCGCCACCCGAGUCGGCCACGGCCAUGGUCACGGCCCCGUCGGUGUAGAGGCCCCGGCCCAGCCGCCACAGCCCCAUCCGCAGCCGCAGCCGGCACAAGGGGCGGUUGACCCAACGCCACCCCAGCAGCCGGCCGAGGCACCGGCGGAAGCCGAGGAAGCGGGAGCAGGCGAAGAUGAAGAUGAAGAGGAGGAGGACGGCGGCAACGAAUGCAUCGUCUGCUUCGAUGCGGCCAAGGACGCGCUGCUCUACCCCUGUGGACACGUCGCCCUCUGCCAGCCCUGUGGCAACCGGAUCAAGGAGGAGAGAGGAGGCUGCCCGAUCUGUCGCGCACCGAUCGUGGGUGUGGUCAAGAUGUUCUUUGCUUGA